AACUGUAUGUUUCCAAUCUUUAGAAAUGAGUUGCACAAUUGAGAAAGCCCUAGCAGAUGCCAAGGCGCUGGUGGAGCGGCUCAGGGAACAUGACAACGCUGCAGAAGCUCUUAUUGAACAGACUACAGCUCUUAACAAGCGCGUGGAAGCAAUGAAACAGUACCAAGAAGAAAUUCAAGAGCUUAAUGAAGUAGCAAGACAUCGUCCUCGGUCUACCCUAGUGAUGGGUAUCCAGCAGGAAAACAGACAGAUUAGGGAACUGCAACAGGAGAAUAAAGAACUACGCACAUCUCUUGAAGAACAUCAGUCUGCUUUGGAACUCAUAAUGAGCAAGUACAGGGAACAGAUGUUUAGGUUGCUCAUGGCGAGCAAGAAGGAUGAUCCCAGCGUUAUAAUGAAGUUGAAGGAGCAACAUUCCAAGGAAUUGCAAGUGCACGUGGACCAAAUCACAGAAAUGGCAGCAGUCAUGAGAAAAGCCAUUGAAAUUGAUGAGAAGCAUGGCUGUAAGGAGCAGGAGCGUAUCAUUCAGCUUGAACAAGAAAACAAAGGCUUAAGAGAAAUUCUUCAGAUAACUAGAGAAUCAUUCCUGAACCUCAAGAAAGAAGAUGCAUCAGAAAGCACAUCUCUGUCAGGAUUAGUAACAAGCAGUGAUCUGAGCCUGAGGAAAAGCUAAGGACUAUGCAAGUCAGGCAGCUUCAAUUGCACACUUUACCAAUGGAGUAUCAGGGGUCACUUGUCAAGCACUUGUUACUGAAUAGGGCACCAGCAAACUGAAGCAUCUUAAAAAUCAGUUUAGUGCGUUUUAUUCUGCGUGAAAUAAAUUGAAAUUGGUAUUCUACAAAAAAAAACUUAGCGAUAGGUUAAUUGCCAUAGAACUAACUUCAGUAGGAAAUGGUUUAAUGCACCUACUGAAUGGGGAAUUAUUUUUAUAUGAAGUCGUUUAACUGAUAAACGCCAGGAUUUCAC